AAUAAUUAACUGGUGGUAGGUAUAUAAAAUCAAGGCAAGUAGAGAGAGACCACACUCAAAGAUCUGAAAAAAGGAGACCUGGUGAAGCCAGAAGAUGAAGUCCUCCACUUUGAUUUCUUUGGCCCUGUUUGGUUUCUUUAGUGCGGUUCGCAGUGACGAGUCGUGCUCUCCUCCUGCUGACGUGUGCGGCUUCAUGAGAGAGUUGGCUGCCAUGAAAGAAUCCCUCAAAGCCAUCAACACGGGACUUUUGGAGAGUGAACGGAGGCACAACACCAGUGAACAGCAGAUACUGAAUCUAUACCAAAAAGAGAGAAGCAGAGUGAUAUUCAGUGCUGUGACAGGAGGAGGAGGCCAGGCAAUCGGGCCUUUCAGCACUGACACGACUGUGGUCUACAAAGAGGUGUUCACCAAUGUUGGCAAUGCCUACAACAAGGACACAGGUAUCUUUGCACCCCCUGUUGCUGGUGUGUACUACUUUACUUUCUUCUAUCACGCUGGAGGAGAACACGAGUCAAAGCUCUUUCUGUACAAGAAUGAUCAGAAAAUGGUCAUGACCCACGACCACGCCUCACAAGUAGACACGGCUGACAAUGGAGGAAAUGCAGUUUACCUGCAGCUGCAGCGUGGAGACAACGUCUACGUGGUUCUGGCUGCUCAUACGCACAUUUUCGGAUCCAGCCACCAUUCAACUUUCAGCGGCCGUCUGGUCACUAUGACAUAAAAGAAAAAAAUAAACAUACAGUGAAGCUGUACCCGCAUCUCAUUUAAGUGUGUGAGAGCUUUAUUCCAAACUUUAUUCGAAGGCUAUUGUCUCUUCCAAAGUUUCUUUGAAAUGCCCUUCAUCCUUGCUGAAACACGUGCUUUAACGUGGAUGAAA